UCAUAUCAAAUAAUCAAACUUCCAAGAGUGAUUUGGUUUUGUUUUAGCCACUCUCGCUCACGGGAAAAGGAAAAAGAAGCUUUAAGUUAAUUAGUUUAUCACCAACACCAAAUAUCAUAAGAAGUUUAAAGUUAAAUAGUUUGUCACCAACACCAAAUAUCAUGUCAGAUGAGAAACAUCACCACAGCUUGUUCAACCACCACAAGCAUGAUGAAGGAGACAUAGAUAAGCCAAUAGACUAUGAGAAAGAAGAGAAGAGCCACAAGAACAAAGAACACAUGGGCGAGCUUGGUGCUGUUGCAGCCGGUGCUUUUGCUCUUCAUGAGAAGCACAAGGCAAAGAAAGACCCAGAACAUGCUCACAAGCAUAAAAUCGAGGAAGAAAUUGCGGCGGCAGCAGCUGUUGGGGCCGGUGGCUAUGCCUUCCAUGAACAUCAUGAGAAGAAGGAAGCCAAAGAAGAGAGAAAAGAGCAUGAAGGAAAGCACCACCACCUCUUUUGAGCCGUUAUAGUACCGUCCUAUAAUGCUCUACUUGUGUAAUUUCUGUUUGAGUUCUCAUACCGCUAGGUGUCAUGUACUAUAUGCAGAAUAAGUGAACAUCUCUGUGGUCUGUGGUCUGUGGUCUGUGGUCUGUGGUCUGUGGUCUGUGUAUGUACGUAUUCGGUAUUUGCAAGACAUUGUGAUGGCUUUGCUCGAGUAA